AUGCAGAGGAACGCCGGACCAGCUGAAAGGAGAAAAAGGCAGGUACUGCUUUCCUUCCUGUUGUCUUUGUUCUGCGGAGCCAUUUCCCAGCAGAUCCGCUACACUAUUCCCGAGGAGAUGGCCAAGGGUUCGUUGGUGGGGAAUCUCGCUAAGGAUCUGGGGCUCAGAAUCCAGGAGUUGCCAACUCGAAAACUGAGGGUUAGUGCAGAGGAGGAUUGUUUCAAUAUUAGCGCGGAGAGCGGGAAUUUAUUAGUUAGCGAUAGGAUAGAUCGAGAGAAGAUUUGUGGGAGGAAAUCUGAAUGUGCACUAGAAUUUGAAGCAAUCGCUGAGAACCCAAUGAAUAUUUUCCACAUAGUUGUUGCAAUCCAGGAUAUUAAUGACAACGCACCACGUUUCAUUGCAAAGAGUAUUGAUUUAGAAAUCUGUGAAUCAGCCUUACCAGGGGUAAAAUUCUCUCUGGAUUCUGCACAAGAUGAAGAUGUAGAAAGUAACUCACUGAAGACAUACAUCCUCAACCCCAAUCAACAUUUCUCUCUGGCAACUAAAGAAAGCCCUGAUGGAAGUAAAUACCCAGAACUGCUACUGGAAAAACCUCUAGAUAGGGAACAACAGAGCUUCCAUCACUUAAUCCUGAUCGCUAAGGACGGUGGAGACCCAGCCCUAAGCGGCACCACUCAGAUCAGGAUUCAUGUCACAGACGCCAAUGACAAUGCUCCAGUCUUUAGCCAGGACGUAUAUAGAGUUAGCCUGAAAGAAAAUGUGCCCCUGGGCACCUCCGUGCUUCGAGUGGCAGCCACAGACCAGGAUGAGGGCGUUAAUGCUGACAUCACAUAUGCCUUUCACAAUGCACCUACAAUUACCAGCCUUCUCUUCAGACUUAAUCCAUAUACUGGUGACAUCACAACCAACGGUACAUUGGACUUUGAGAAAACAAGGAGAUACAUGUUUGGUAUAGAAGCCAAGGACGGAGGGGUCCACACGGCUCACUGUAAUGUUCAGAUCGAAAUUGUUGAUGAGAAUGACAAUGCCCCAGAGGUGACGUUCAUCUCCUUUUCUAACCGGAUCCCUGAGGACUCAGGCCUUGGAACUGUAAUAGCCCUCAUUAAAGUGCGGGACCAGGAUUCUGGGCAAAAUGGUCUCGUUGAAUGCUAUAUUCAGAAAGAAGUUCCCUUUAAAUUAGAAUCCACUUCUAAGAAUUAUUACAAGCUGGCGAUUGACAGAGCCCUGGACCGGGAACAAACAGCAGAGUAUAAUGUCACCAUCACAGCCACAGACAAGGGCAAGCCACCCCUUUCCUCCAGCACAAGUAUCGCCCUGCACAUCGCUGAUGUCAACGACAACGCUCCAGCUUUCCAUCAGGCCUCCUACCUGGUCCACGUGGCUGAAAACAACCCACCGGGAGUCUCCAUCGCGCAGGUCAGCGCCUCUGACCCUGAUCUGGGACCCAAUGGCCGUGUCUACUACUCCAUCGUGGCCAGUGAUCUCGAACCCGGAACGUUGUCGUCCUACUUGUCUGUGAGCGCGCAGAGUGGGGUGGUGUUCGCGCAGCGCGCCUUUGACCACGAACAGCUACGCGCCUUCGAGUUGACACUGCAAGCGCGUGACCAGGGCUCGCCCGCGCUCAGCGCCAACGUGAGCCUGCGCGUACUGGUGGGCGAUCGCAACGACAACGCGCCCAGGGUGCUGUAUCCGGCGCUGGGACCCGAUGGCUCAGCGCUCUUUGACACGGUGCCUCGUGCAGCGCAGCCCGGGUACCUAGUAACCAAAGUAGUGGCGGUGGAUGCGGACUCGGGGCACAACGCCUGGCUGUCCUACCACGUGCUGCAAGCCAGCGAUCCCGGGCUCUUCAGCGUGGGUCUCCGCACAGGCGAGGUGCACACCGCGCGUGCUUUGGGUGACAGGGACCCGAUCCGACAGCGCCUGCUAGUCGCUGUGCGCGAUGGAGGACAGCCACCCCUUUCAGCCACAACCACUCUGCACCUAGUCUUCGCAGACAGCCUGCAGGAGGCGCUGCCAGACCUCAGCGAUCGCCCCGCACCCUCUGAUCCCCAGGCCGAGCUGCAGUUCUAUCUGGUCUUGGCGUUGGCCUUGAUCUCGGUGCUCUUCUUCCUGACGGUGAUUCUGGCCAUUGCCCUGCGCUUGCGACGCUCCUCCAGCUCCGGCGUCGGGGGCUGCUUUCAGUCUGGGCUCUGCUCCAAGUCUGGACCUGGUGUUCUCCCCAACUACAGAGAGGGAACAUUGCCCUAUUCCUACAAUCUAUACGUUGCCUCACAAUCAGCUAAAGCAGAAUUUAAUUUUCUCAACGUGACCCCAGAAAUGGCUCCCUCUCAGGAUCUCUUGUGUAAUGAUCCUUCUGCGGUUGUUUGUGCCAGUAAUGAAGAACCCAAAAUCACUUAUGACCCUUCUUUUUCCUCUCACAGCAUUAUCUUGGAUCCCGAAGAUCCUGGGACUCCUGCCUCCACAGAAGGAAAACGGAAGCGCAUUCUAUUCCGCAGCGGGGCUGUAAUGGCGGCUCCUUAUCGCCCAGACUGUUGCCGGCUGGUCGGGAUCUGUGUCUUUCUGGGGGCUCUGUGGGAAAUCCGGGCAGUGCAAAUUCGCUACUCCGUGCCUGAGGAGCUGGACAAAGGUUCUUUCGUGGGUAACAUUGCCAAGGAUCUGGAAAUGGAGCCCCGGGAGCUGGCAGAGCGCGGAGUCCGCAUUGUCUCCAGAGGUAGGACCCAGUUUUUUUCUUUGAACCCUAGAAGCGGUAUCUUGGUCACAGCGGGCAGGAUAGACCGGGAGGAGCUCUGUGACAGAUCUCCAAAGUGUGCGGUAAACCUGGAGAUUCUUCUCGAGGACCAAGUGAAGAUUUUGGGAGUAGAAGUGGAAAUAAUCGAUGUUAAUGAUAAUUCGCCCAGCUUUGGGACAGAGGAAAGAGAAAUAAAAGUCGCUGAAAGUGAAAAUCCUGGGACAAGAUUUCCUCUUCCUGAAGCUUUUGAUCCAGAUGUAGGGGUAAACUCCCUUCAGGGUUAUGAGCUAAGCCCAAAUGGUCACUUCUCUCUGGACCUGCAAAUUGGAGCCGAUGGGAUUAAAUAUCCGGAGCUGGUACUGGAGCGCACCUUGGAUCGCGAGGAAGAGGCGGUGCACCACCUCGUGCUCACUGCUUCAGAUGGGGGCAGCCCGGUUCGCACUGGCACUGCCAGGAUUCAUGUAAAACUUAUAGACACCAACGACAAUGCUCCCGUAUUCACGCAACCCGAAUACCAUGUGAAUGUUCGAGAGAAUGUACCAGUGGGCACCCGGCUACUCACUGUAAAAGCCACUGAUCCAGAUGAAGGAGCCAAUGGAGAAGUAACAUAUUCUUUUCGGAAAGGGAGAGAGAAAAUAUCCCAACUCUUCCAGUUGAACUCUCUGACUGGGGACAUAGCAAUAUUGGGGAAUCUAGAUUACGAGGAGUCUGGAUUCUAUGACAUAGAUAUAGAAGCCCAUGAUGGACCUGGUCUUCGAGCCAGAAGUAAGGCCCUAGUGACAGUUCUGGAUGUAAAUGACAAUGCUCCGGAAGUCACCAUUACAUCACUCACUAACUCAAUCCAAGAAACUUCAUCCCCAGGCACUGUUAUUGCACUUUUCAACGUGCAUGAUGGGGACUCAGGAGAGAAUGGCCUUGUAACAUGUUCAAUUCCAGAUAAUCUGCCAUUCGUACUUGAAAAGACCUAUGGAAAUUAUUAUCGGUUGUUGACACAUAGAACUCUGGAUAGGGAAGAAGUCUCCGAAUAUAACAUCACGAUAACUGCUACUGACCAGGGAACUCCAUCACUGUCUACAGAAACUCUUAUCUCACUGCAGGUGGCAGACAUCAAUGACAAUCCACCCACCUUCACUCAUGCUUCCUAUUCUGCCUACAUUCCUGAAAACAAUCCCAGAGGUGUUUCCUUCUUCACCUUGACUGCCCAGGACCCCGAUAGUGGUGAGAAUGCCAGAGUCACUUACUCUCUGAUGGAGGACACUCUCCACGGAACGCCUUUGUCUUCCUAUAUCUCUAUCAACUCUGACACUGGGGUCCUGUAUGCCCUGCGCUCUUUCGACUAUGAGCAGUUUCAGAACUUAAAGCUACAAGUGACUGCCAGUGACAGUGGGGACCCGCUGCUCAGCAGCAACGUAUCAUUGAGCCUGUUUGUGCUGGACCAGAAUGACAAUGCACCGGAGAUCCUGUAUCCGGCUCUUCCUACAGACGAUUCUACUGGAUUGGAGUUGGCUCCCCGCUCUGCAGAGCCUGGCUACUUAGUGACCAAGGUGGUGGCUGUGGACCGCGACUCUGGACAGAACGCCUGGCUGUCCUAUCGCCUGCUCAAGGCCAGCGAACCAGGGCUCUUCGCGGUGGGGGUGCACACGGGUGAGGUACGCACUGCGCGGGCCAUAAUGGAUAGAGAUGCCCUCAGGCAGAGCCUUGUGGUGGCAGUCCAGGACCAUGGCCAGCCCACUCUAUCAGCCACCGCCACGCUAAUGGUGGCCAUCGCGGAUAGCAUUCCUGAAGUCCUAGCCGACCUAGACAGCAGUAAGACACCUGCUGACCCAGAUGAUUCAGGCCUCACUCUGUACCUGGUGGUGUCUGUAGCAGCUGUCUCCUGCCUUUUCCUCACCUUCAUCAUCGUGCUGUUGGCGCUCAGGCUUCGGCGCUGGUAUAAGUCGCGUCUGCUCCAGGCUUCAGGAGGGAUGGUGGGUGUGUCCGCUUCGCACUUUGUGGGCGUGGAUGGAGUGAGGGCCUUCCUGCAGACCUAUUCCCACGAGGUCUCCCUCACUGCGGAUUCUCGGAAGAGUCACCUGAUCUUCCCCCAGCCUAACUAUGCAGAUACGCUCAUUAGCGCAGAAAGCUGUGAGAAAAGCGAGCCUCUUCUGAUGCCUCAGGAUUUGCUUGACACAAAAGGAGAGCCCAGCCAGGUGAGUUGA